AUGUCUCUCGCCUCACGUCUGGCCGAUCUGAAUCCAUUCUCCUCAGAUGAUCCAAAUGAUGACGAGGAUUACGGAGAGCAAGUAGGCAAUACAACCGUGGCUGGAGGUGGUCAUAGUACACGAACCAACCUCACAAAGACCCAACUCCGUGUCAGUUCUACACUUCAAAACUUUCUUGCCAAAGAGAAUAUUGUCUUGGACAAAAACCCGCGAGAUGGCCUGUACGAUGCAGACUACCUCGAGCAACAAGUUUGCGCUCUCCUCGACCAACCUCAUAUUGAGGUCCCAUCCCACGUAACGGACAGAUCUCAUCCGUUGCCUGAGUAUUUCAUCAGCUCAUCUCAUAACACCUAUUUGAUGGCCCAUCAACUCUUCGGUGACUCUUCGGCUGAAGCAUACGAGACUGUUCUCAACGCCGGUGCUCGUUGCGUCGAAAUCGAUGCAUGGGACAACGAGGAAGAUAAAGAAGAACCAAAAGUUACUCAUGGCUACACACUCGUAUCCCACAUUCCAUUCCGUGGUGUUUGUGAAAUCAUCCGGGAUUGCGUUGAUAAAGAAGCCACCGAGUCUGUGAAUCAACAAGGGUACCGAGCAGCACCCAUUCUCUUAUCCCUGGAGAAUCACUGUAAUCCAAAGGGCCAGCUUCGGCUCGUUCAAAUUAUGAGGGAAGUAUGGGGAAGCCGACUUCUCAGCAAAGCCGUAAGAGAUUGGGGCACGGAAGAACAGCAAGGAGGAGCACAUGUGACUCUCGAUGAACUUGGAUCCAAAAUUGCAGUCAUCGUCGAACACCACUGGGAUACUGGUGAUAGUGUCGAGGAAGAUAGUUGCAGCGAUAGAGAAGAAGACGAUGAGCAGAAACAAGCAAAUACAGCAUACAAAGCCAAAAGAAAGGAAACCGCCAACGUCGGCAUCAUCCCCGAGCUGGCUGAAAUAGGUGUUUAUGCUCAGUCCGUAAAACCCAUCGAUAAUUCAUGGUAUGAAGCAGAGCUCACAAACGGGCCGCAUCACCACCUCAUCAAUGUUUCAGAGUCUGGAUUGAAAGCUCACAUGCCAGCACAGAGUGCAAGAAUAGCUGCGCACAACGCACACCAUCUCAUGCGCGUCUUUCCCAAAGGCACUCGAAUAUCCUCCAAGAAUCUCAAACCCGUCCAUUUCUGGGGCAUUGGUGCUCAAAUCUGUGCUCUCAACUGGCAAACAUUUGGCGCUAGCAUGCAAAUUAACGAGGCUCUCUUCAGCGGAUCCGACGGCUACGUAUUAAAACCAGCAGCCUUACGAGCCGGUGGCAACGGACAAUUAAGCACCGGCAAGAAAGCAAAGUUACGCCUCCACAUUGCAGGAGCUUCGGACGUCCCCGUUCCAGAAGGUCGAGACGACGAUGAAAUCAAGCCAUACGUUACCUGUAUCCUCAUUCAUCCCGAUAACAUCGAUGAAGACCCUCCCAAACGCAAGACGGCCGCUUACAAACACCAUACACUUGGUCUGCUCCAUCGAGGCGAUAAUUCUCCUGCGACAGAUCCGGUCUGGCAUGAACAUCUUGAAUGGGAAUAUGAUGAUAAUGAAUUGGUUUUCCUAAGGAUUCUGAUCAAGAGCGAUGAUAGCUUUGCGAAGAACUCUAUGUUGGCCGUUACGGCUGUGAGGCUUUCGUAUGUUACUACGGGGUGGAGAUUCAUUCGUAUGCUGGAUCUUAAGGGGCAGGAGACUAAGUGCUCGUUAUUGGUUAGGUUUGAGAUUGCGAAUGCAUGA